CCCAGCUGUGCGGCGCUGAGCCCGGGACUCUGGGAGCUGGCAGGACAGACAUCCCCCGACCUUGGACCUCGGAAGAUCCAGCCUGGGCGGGCCUUUCUGUCGGAGCACACGGACCUGCACAAGCACGGGGGCCUGGCCCCUGGCUUCUGCCGGGCUUUGUCUGGGCAUGGACCGCCGGCCUCUGCUCUGCGGAGGACCCCGCUCCUGGACUCAGGGCCCACUUUCAUCCAGGAGGACCUCAUCUGCACGGAUGAGAUCUGCAACACACUUUUCCAGAAUCCUGUUUGCAGCACCUUCAAGAUGCGCGCAAGUUCCAGGCUCUUCUCAGGAGACCCACUGCUGCCCCGUGUCUGGGCUGUGCCCAUCCGUGUGUGGGGGACGGAUGACCAGCCAUGGUGCCCGCGAUGGGCCUCACUCCUGCAUCACCUUAUAAACACUGGCUGGGUCCGUUUCUCCUUCCGGCUCUGCGUCCUGUUCUGUCUGAUGAAGCCAGUGGCCACCCCCUUGAGAGCCACCCUGGGAGAGGCCCACAGACAGGGGACCGAGGACAGCGUCCCGCUGCCGGCCAGCAAGGAGCUGAACCCCGCCACAGGGCCCGUGGGUCAGGUCAGCAGGGCCUGCUUCCCCGGUGGAGCCUCCAGGUGGACCUCGGUCCCCCAACACCGCCUGCCAGCAGGCCCUCAAUCAAGGGCUGGGAGCACACGGGGCACGGGGGCACAGGGCAAAUCCAGCCCGGCCCACAGAAGGGGGUCUUGGGCCCUCAGCGGGCCUCAGGUGGUCCCCGUCUCUGUGUCCCACAGGAUGCGGACGAGGACUCGAAAUCCCCAGCACACCGGAGGAAACAAUCCGCGGGCCUGCCCGGCGUGUCUGUUCCCGCGAGGCUCGGCUGAGAGCCGGGAAGCAAGGAGAGGGCAGGACACGGCCGGCCUGACCGCUGGGGGGACCGCCUCCCUCCGGCUCCUCCGGCUUCCCCCCUCGCCCCGUUGUGCAGGGGGAGCACCCUGCAGCCUCGAGCGACUCCCAACCUGUCUUCCCUGUUUUCUCCUUGAAAACUCACGAGAAGCAUUUUUUAACUCCGCUAGUUAUUGCCUGAAUCCGUUCUUGCAAAAAAUUCAGAGAGCUGGUAAAAACCACUGGCUCUGGCCCCUGCCUCCUGAGUCCCCUCUCUGGGGCCCGUGAGUGCGGGGAAACCCAAGGACCCGGGAGGUGGGGGCCUCGCGGCCUUUCUGGCCCCACACCUGUGGCGGGGUGUGCUGACCGAGGGUCUGAGCGCCCCCAGGACCCGCUGUGCUUGAGUGAGAAGCAGUCCUCAAGUCAUCGACGUCCGGGGAUGGAGCCUAGCUCACCCUGGCUGGUGCAGGCACGGGCACUGAUCAACGCGUACCCUGGACAG